GCUGGCGGUAAUUGCGCGACGCAGUUGUCUCUUUGAUUCCAAUCGACCUCUGCCAGCGGCCAGAGUCCAAACGCGACUACAAAACCCUCCUCAGCGCAUUUCUUCCCAAACAGGCCGCCGAACCUUUCUGCAAGCUGAGUGACUCAUCAGAAGCAGGAGGUUGGAGCGGCCACUUGCUUUCUUCACGCGACCAAGUGUGGGGCAGAGCUUGGUGGGUUACCAAAGACGUGAAUAAGUGGGACUUACCCCUCCAUGGCCAUUUCAGCCCUCCUCCAUGCCCCUCCAUGCCGAUCUUCCCAUUGUUCACGGACGAAGGGAACAUUCGAUUUCAUCCUACGUCCGGGGGAAGGCAAUGCCAAAAGGAAUAUGGGAUGUUAUCCCUGGACUGGACUACCUCGCCCUCGCGACUGAUAUUAUCGGAAAUCAGGUCGGCGGGAGCACUUUUUGGCACAUCUACGCAAAUUUGUUGGCCGGUCUGUACUACGGACAGCUGGGUCGGGUGCUGGAAAGCUACUCGCACAUCCUGGCUGCCUCGAUGAAGGUGCAGCAGCUUAUGAGAGGCGAAUUCGGCCGCCUGAUCGAUGGUCACACGAAGGUUGUCCCCCAGAACUCGGCCGCCGACACGCGGUUCUUUUUUCUGUUUUGGUCCUGCAUGCAGUUGGAGAGCGAUAUCAUCGCCGAACUGCAUCUCCCACAGUCGGGAAUUUCGACGUACGAGGAGAAUUUCCCGCUCCCUCCACUCAGCGGCGCCAUGGCAAACGGUAUCGACGAGCGUGUAGCCAAAAGCUACCUCGGCCAACUGUACCUGCGAAAGCAGCUAAAUAAGGCGCACACGCUGCUUUACGGCGACCGCAUCGAACGUUCGCACUACCGCGGCAUGCUCGAUAUGAUCCAGCAGCUGUCAGACAUGAUCGAUCCCAACCUCUGGGUUGCGCCCGUAUUUAAAUUCGAUCCCGAGACCGACCCGCCGGCCACCGAGAUCCUCUCCAUCCUGAACUCCAAGUUCAAGGAGCAGCUCAGUGACAACCCAGAGGAAAUAGACUGGACGGACCCCAUCAACGAGGUUGUUGAUCCCAACGACCCUAUCAUCCUUAAUUAUGCCAAAAAGGGUAUCCGGGCUCUCAUCGAAAGUACCAAGGCCUUCCACGGCCUGAAGGAGCGGCGCUUCAUCAUCACCAAUGUGUUUGGCACUGCUCACGCUCAAUGGGGCAACAUGAUCACUCUCGCUGCCGUCUACCAGGACGAACACCUCCGCGGCUUUAUCAACCCUGUCGAGCUCAGCAUUCUCUUCGAGCGAACCAUCAACUUCCUCAGGACUGUCGCGCACCGGGCGAGCGCCCUGACAAUCGGCCUGGGCCUCCUCAUAGGCCUCAGGGACAAGCUUUGUCUGCCGCCCCCCGUCAUGCCACCCGCCGCAAACACCAGCUUCUCAAGUACGACUAGCAAUCACCCGACAACCCACGAACCGAGAUGA